AUGACCUCUCUCUAUACGAGGUCAUCUGUUACUGCGGGAACAACGCUACCACAGGGCAGCAGUGUUUUCACACCAAGGUCGCUAGAAUUUGUGCCAGUCGCUACCAUGCCGAAGAAGAAACGUAAAAAGCGUUGUCUACCUGUCUGUUGUAGUGGUGCCAUUUCUCCCUUUGAUGACUACACAGCAUCUCCUGAUGACCUCCACGCAAGGGAGGCAACUGAGGCGGAGUCCAUGAGCUCAGUUCAUGUUCCAGUCUGCACAAAAUCUCCAGCCUUCUCGUGUUCUGGAGUGGAUGUUUCCACGGUGGAUCAGAUUGCCAUAGACAGUGAAGAUCAACAAAAAGACCACCAUCUUUCACUGCCUGAGCUUGGAGGGUCAAGCUCUGAAACUGCUGAUGAAGGACAGGACACAAAGCUGACAUCUGCAUCAGCGGAGUUGGACAACAGUGAGACUCCCAGCAGACAUGCACAGAGUCACCUGGCCACAGGAUUACCACCUGUCAAUGAGGUCGAGAGGAUGCCACUUGAUUCUGAUCUUGAUGUCUCAGCUGCACCAGCACCUCACCCUCCACCAGCACCUCACCCUCCUGCCUCAAGGUCGUCUGAAUCUGACUUCACCGACCAGGACCGUCCUGCAUCAUCAGCCAGUAACAGCUCAUCAGAAGCAAAGACUCGCAAGAAGUACUGGCUGCAACCCGACAUCAGGACUGAACAAGAAAGAAGUUCAACACCACGUCGUGUGAAUAGAGUUCUUGCCAUGGCACGUGAGAGCCGCUGUACUGGGCUAAAACGGGAACUGUUCCCAAGUCCUCCAUCUAUGAAGAAGGCUGUGAGGAAACCAGUAGAGACGUCCACAGCAGACACCUCCAGCAGUGAACUGUCCUCAGAUGCAGAACUGUACAGACUUCUUGGAUUGGAGAAACCAAAAAGCUGUCAAAUACAAGAUAGGUAA